UUUGACAUUUCGCGGCGGCGCGAAUGACGCCUUUGACGCGCGUUCCAUUUUGAAAUUGUGUUCGAUCUGUCGUUGUUUUUUUUAUUACAUAGGUACAUUAGUGUUUUUCGUGAAUUUAAAGUGACUGUUUUUUAUGAAAGCGUGUACGUAUUAAUUUUCUAAAUUACUGUAGUGACAAAGACAGAAUUGUGUGAAUGUAUUUCGUUGAGAGAUAAAUAUUAUAGUUACCUACCUAUUUACUGAUCGGUUUUAAUUUUUUUUUCUGAUGGGAAGGCCACCAUGUAUCACCGAGUGAGACGGAAAAUGAAACAUCUCACACUCAGUGCCAUAUUAGUUAUUAGUCAUGUAACUAUAACUCUGACAAAAUCCAUACAAAUCACAGAAAAUACUCCCAGUACUACUGAUCUUAAUAUUGACAACAAUAUCAUAGACUUCGAUGAUGAAUACUCAGUUAGAUUUGAUAAUGAUUACUCUAAACGCAAUUUUAAUAAAGAAUCUCAUAGAUAUACUAUAGAUAAGGACGUUAAAAAAGACGCUAGUGUAGUUACAGAUAACAAUAAUGAAAAAAAUACCAAAAGAACAACAGACAUUGAAACUACCACAAAUGAAUUUAAUGUUAUACCAUUAGAAUUGAUAAGUACAACAGAAAAUGUAUUACAAAGCAUUCUAGAAAGCACAACCGAGCCUGAUUACUCAGUGAUUCCUUUAUCAAGUACGGUCAAAGAGCAACUUAAUAUACAAAUCAACCAAACAGUAUCUUUACCUACAUCUACGGAAUCUGAUAGUACUACAGAUUUUUUCCCAACAGAAUUAACAGAAUCUUCAACUAUUUCUGUUAAUUUAAAUAAAAGUAUUGAUACAACUACACAUAUAAAUAACAUUACCAUUAAAACAAGUACAAUUUCUUCAAAAAAAAUACUAGAAAGAAAUACAAAAGAUAAAAAAUAUGAAAAGCUAACCACAGAAGUGCCAACAACAUCGAGAGAAGUUUUGACAACAAAUUCUAGCAGGAAGAUUGAAAUCACAGACAUAGACAGUCAAGAACUUGAUUUAGAUUUGCCAAUAUUCACAGAACUCGAUGUAGAAGAUGCUGAAGAGGUUCCAGAAGAUUAUUACGACUCUAAAGAUGUAGUGCCAACGACUGCGCCCAAAACUGAUGCAAUAUCAGUGCUAGUUGGGUUGGCUGGGAGUAUGGUGGAGAGUGUCGUGGAAAGUGUAGCAGAAAGGGUGGUCCCUAAAGGGAUUUUUGACUUGUUUAAAAGGAUGCAGAAGCAAAACGAAGCUUUGGAAGCGGAAAGACUGAGAAGUCGGGAAGAGAACGGUGGAUUGGGACAGUUCACUCGCGGCAUCCUGAAGACCAUAUCCACCAGCCUGAGCAAGCCUCUCAGCCAGCUGAUGACUGGCAUCAAAGACAUCGGAUCUCUGGACAGCGACAAGGGUUUCGUCGGGAGUCUGGCUUCAGGAGUGACCAGUGUGGCGACUGUGGCUACGUCAGUCGUUGAUUCCUUUAAAGACAGGGUGCAAGCCAUAUAUCCUGGCACUGUCUGGUGCGGAGACGGCCACUCAGCGUCAGCUCGCUCCUCGGACCUGGGCCUGUUCUUCUUCACAGACACGUGCUGCCGGCAGCACGACGCUUGCAAACUGUACAUCAGGGCCGGUGAGACCAAGUAUGGCUUGACCAACACUGGACUUUUUACAAGGUCGCACUGUAGCUGCGACGUGAAAUUCCGCGAAUGCCUUCGUCGCACCAACUCGCUGGUAUCUGCGCAGAUCGGCUUGACGUACUUCAAUGUACUAGGGCCGCAGUGCUUCAGAAGAGCUCAUCCUAUCGUCAAGUGUGUCAGGAGAACUAGGAUAACCGGACAGAAGUGCGAAGAAUAUGAACUGGACUACACUAAACCCAAAAUGUGGCAAUGGUUUGACAACGAGACAUUUUAGUAUUGUUGAUUAGAAAGAAAAUGGUGCAUUCUUAUAUAUACUAAACGAGGAACACGUGAGUGAUACCUUUGCAGCGUCCAUACGCUGAGGUGACCACUUACCAUCAGGCGGGCCGCCUCUUCUGUGUAUGUUAAUGUUAAAAUUAUCUUUAGGAAAACAUAACGUUUUUCCAAAAUUUUUAGUCUAAAACUCUAGAAUACUUGUCGUUAUUUUUUGUAUGUAAUUUAAUGUCAAUUUUAAUAUAGGUUUUAAUAAAUUAACACAAUCGAUAAUGUAAAAACUUAAAUAUGUUAACACUAGAUCUCCAAGUUCUUAUUAAAGUACAAUAAUAUUAUGUAAACUAUUGUAAAAUAUUUGCUAAAUUUUCAUGUGAUACGUAAGCUGUAGCAGGUUUAGUAAUAGAUAAAUUAGGUACUUCAUCAGUAGAAUAUAUUUUAGUACAUAUGUAAUAUAAAUAAUAUAUUUUGUUUUAAAUAUUUUGUAAAUAGGGAAUAACUUUUUGAAUCAAGUUUAAAUACUCAUCUCUUGUUGAUUAUAAUUUUUGAAAGUCAACGACAAACUCUCUACUUAUAUUUUCGUGUUUAUUUAUUUCAGUAAUGAAAAUAGUAUUUUGCAGAAAUAAAACAACAUGUUGUAAUAUUAUUUUAUAUCAGAAAACAUCAGAAUACAUUUAACAACAGAUAAAUUAUGUAAUACUUAAAAGUAAACAUAUUCACAUCUAAAAAAAAAAGGAAGAAAAAAAAAUUAUUUCGGUAUUUCCCGAGUCUAU